AUGGCCACCUUCGAAUCCGCCACCGCCACCUUCGACGUCUGCACGCUGUCUCCGAAGCGCGAGCUCAUCGCCGACGCGGCCGGCGCGCUCGCGCUCGUCGAGACGAUGCCGGCGGCGCUGCGCGGCGUCAAGCUGGGCAACAAGUCGUACACGGCCGCCGCCGCGGCGGCGCUCGCCGGCCGCCUGAAGGGCCUCCGCGGCCUCGUGGACGUGGACAUCGCCGACGUCAUCGCCGGCCGGCCCGAGGCCGAGGCGCUCGAGGUGCUCGCGCACCUGAGCGGCGCGCUCGCCGCGGCCGCGGGCGGCGGCGACGCCGCGCGGUGCGCGGCCGAGGCGCUCGACGUGUCCGACAACGCGCUGGGCCAGAAGGGUCUGGACGCGCUGCUGCCCCUCUUCGGCGGGACGCCCCUCGUCUCCCUGAAGACGUGCAACAACGGCAUGUCCGAGGCCGCCGCGAAGCAGCUCGCGGGGCUUUUGACCGACGGGGGCGACACGGCGCUCGAGCGCUUCCACUACCACAACAACAUGUCCGGCGACAACGGCGCCGUCGCCGUCGCGUCCAUCGUCGCCGCGUCGCCGAAAUUGGUGGACCUGCGCUUCAGCGGCACGAGGGCCGGCCGCGCGGGGUCGCUCGCGUUCGCAGGCGCGCUCCGCCCGCGGCACCUCGUGCACACGCUGGACCUCGCGGACAACUCCUUCGGCGACGACGGCGGCGAGGCCAUCGCGGCCUGGCUCGCCGACAGCGCCGCGGCGUCGCCGUCCGCGGCCGCGCCGCUCAAAAAGCUCGUGCUCCGCGACUGCCUGCGCGACUGUUCGCUCGGCGACGACGGCUUCGCGCCGCUCAUGGAGCCGCUGACGUGCUGCCCGGAUUUAGUCCACCUCGACCUCUCGGGCAACGAGCUGACGGCGGCGUCGUGCGCCGGGGGCUGGCUCGCGGGCUGCGCGCCCGCGCUCGAGUUCCUGGGCUUCGAGGAGAACGAGCUCACGUCCGCGGGCGGCGCCGCGCUCGCGCUCGGGCUGCCGGCGCUGCCCAAGCUCGCCACGGCGCUCCUCGCGACGAACGAGCUCGCGUCCAAGGGCGCGCUCCUCCUCGUCUCCGCGCUCCUGGCCAAGGCGCCCGCGCUCGGGAAGCUCGAGCUCAACGGCAACGCGCUCGACGACGCCGCGCUCGAGAAGCUCGGCGAGCUCCUCGGCGACCGCGACAUCCUCGGCGACAUGGACGACAACGACGAGGACCUCGCCGACGACGACUGCCUCGACGACGGCGGCCUCGACGGCCUCGAGGCCGCGCUCGGCGCCGUCGGCAUCUAG